AUGAGCGCAAAUCCGUCCCCGACGCACCACCACAUCGUUUUCCUUCAGGCCGAUUAUUGUCCAAUUCCCGACUUUCGCUUCCCGCCUGGUCAUACUUUUACUACGACCGUCUAUCAGCAGACUUCACUCUCAGAACUCCAUUCGCGUAUUCAUGAUGCCUCAGUUGUUGUAUUCUCAUAUAUCCCAUUUGACGCGCACACACUCUCCCCUGAGGUGACACCGCAUCUCAAACUUAUUGCCGUCGCAGCAGUGGGCACGGAUUGUAUUGAUCUCGAAGCAUGCAGAAAGAGAGGGAUCACUGUGAGCAGGUCCGUUGGCGCAAACGUGGAUUCAGUUUCCGAGCAUGCAAUCGGAUUGUACUUCGCUUCCCGGCGGCGCAUACUGGAUAUGCACACGUUGACGAGAGCGGGCGAAUGGGCGCACAAAAAAGGAACCAUCAUGUAUCAACUUCUCGACAAACACGGCCAGCCUCCUUUGAGUUGCCAAGACGAAGUAGUUGGUAUUAUUGGAAACGGGAUUGUUGGUAAGUCGGUCAAGUCCGAUGUGGUUCCGUCAAUUGUUGCUCUCGAGGCUGACAAUACAAAUGUAGGACAAAGGAUCGCUCAGCUCGCACGCAACCUGGGGAUGAAAGUGCUCAUAUCAGCUCGGAAAGAUCCUGCAGCAUCGGCGUCACUGAGCACGGUCGACAGCAUCGAGCGAGCUCCAUUCGAUGCGGUCAUCAGACAAAGCACGGUCAUUUUCGUGGCAGUGCCGCUUAGUCCUUCGACGCGGAAUCUCAUAUCGACCCCAGAGUUGGAAAUUAUGUUACCGCAUACUGUCAUCGUCAACGUCUCCCGCGGAGGAAUCGUAGACGAAGACGCACUAAUCGAGGCUUUGAAAAAGGGUACGAUUGCCGGCGCGGCCACGGAUGUCUUCCGUCAAGAGCCUGCUGGAUUGGAUAACUCUCCAUUACUGUCCGACGGGACAAAGGGUCUUAAUCUAAUUGUCACUCCUCAUCUAGCGUGGCUAUCGAAGAAAACCCUAGCCAACUAUUCGCAGAUGGUCCAGCAGGCCAUUGAAGGAUGGAGUGCAGGACAGCCAUGCAAUGUCGUGACAUAA